CAUGCCGGGGAUGGACACAUAGGAUAACAUGCCGGGGAUGGACACAUAUAGGAUAACACGCCGGGGAUGGACACAUAGGAUAACAUGCUGGGGAUGGACACAUAGGAUAACAUGCUGGGGAUGGACACAUAGGAUAACACGCCGGGGAAUGGACACAUAGGAUAACACGCCGGGGAUGGACACAUAGGAUAACAUGCUGGGGAUGGACACAUAGGAUAACAUGCUGGGGAUGGACACAUAGGAUAACACGCCGGGGGAUGGACACAUAGGAUAACACGCCGGGGAUGGACACAUAGGAUAACA